UGUUUUGUUUUGGCCAUCGCCGAAUUCAAAUUCAAAGGCGUAGCUUACAACGAACUGAUUCCUUUCGUGUUUUGAUCAAUCGGUUGCUCUCGUAUCAAUCGUUAUUCUGUCCUCUUCCAUGGCUGCGCCGCCUCUGUCUCUGGCUAAUAAGCCUGAGUUCUGGAACAGAAUGGAGGAAGCCACCCGUGAGAUUAUAGAGCAAGUUCAUCCAACACUUGCGUCCGAGGAUCGAAGAAGAGAUGUGACUGAUUAUAUGCAAAGACUAAUCAAAAUGACACUAGGAUGCGAGGUACAUGCUUUUGGAUCAGUCCCAUUGAAAACGUAUCUUCCUGAUGGAGACAUUGAUCUCACAGCUUUUGGUGGACCGUGGAACGAUGAUGAACUGGCCCAUAAAGUUUUGGCUGUGCUUGAGAAUGAGAGGGAGAAACAUAAUGUGGAUGCCCGGUUUAUAAUUAUGGAUGUGAAGUUGAUACGUGCUGAGGUUAAGCUUGUGACAUGUCUGGUGCAGAACCUUGUGGUUGAUAUCUCUUUUAAUCAGCUCGGUGGGAUUUCUACUCUAUGCUUUCUCGAGAAGAUGGAUCACCUCAUUGGAAAGGACCAUCUAUUCAAGAGAAGUAUCAUACUCAUCAAAGCUUGGUGCUUCUACGAGAGCCAUAUUCUCGGGGCUGUACAUGGAUUGAUAUCCACAUAUGCUCUGGAGACUUUGGUCUUACAUAUUUUCAAUCUCUUCCACUCAUCGCUGGAUGGUCCACUAGCAGUUUUAUACAAAUUCUUGGAGUAUUUCAGCAAGUUUGACUGGGACAAGUAUUGCAUUAGCUUGAGCGGUCCUGUCUGCCGUUCCUCUCUACCAGAAAUUGUUGUUGAUACUCCGGAAAAUGGCGGGCAAGAUCUACUGCUGACAAGUGAUUUUCUCAAUGACUGUCUGGUGAUGUAUUGUAAUGUACCUUCACAAGGUUUAGAGACAAAUCCACGUGCGUUUCCAUCAAAGUAUCUUAAUAUAAUUGACCCACUUAAAGAAAAUAACAAUCUUGGUCGCAGCGUGAACAAAGCUAACUUCAAUCGGAUACGAACUGCAUUCACAUUUGGUGCUCGUAAGCUUCGGCAAAUCAUCUUGCAGUCAGAGGAAGACAUAAGUUUUGAGCUUCGAAACUUCUUCUCGAACAUGCUACUACGUAAGCAUAGGAGUGGCCAUCAUUCUCUCAAUCGGAUCGAAAACGGUGAAGUAUUAAAUGGAAACGUUGCGGAGAAACUGCACGAGAAUUCAUGUCUUGCUGAUUCUAGAAGAGUUAAAGAAGACAUGCAUGCCGGCACUCCAAAUGUUCUGGCUGACCUCACAGGGGAUAAUGACAGCCAGUUUUACAGUUUGGUAUAUGGACGCUGGCAGCUUGGUUAUGUCCAAAACGGUCCUAUGUCUCCACUAUGGACUCAGCUUCCGGAUAACAAUUCAUGGGAAGUGUUUCCACACGCACUGCCAUUCAUCCCGGAUAAUAGCGCUCAUGUCUUUCAUAUGAACCCUCAGAUGAUUCUAAAUGCUGAUUCUGGUCUCGAGGAAUUGACUAAGCAUCAAGAAACUGGGACAUACUUCUCCAAUAUGAACCAAUACGGGGAUAGACAACGGCUUAACAACGGCGGUAGCACGGCACAAUGGCCAUCAGAAAUGAAUUUCCGUGACGGAAACAGCCGUGAGCGACGACACCGUCAUCUUCAUCAUUAUCCCAACCAAACAAAUGGCUGUUGUGAUAUUAGUCAAGCUGGUAUACUUGGAAGCUUCUUUGGUACCAAUGGGUUUAUAAAUCAUCCAUGUGAGCCUCUACCAGCUGAAGUACGUGACCAUCCUGAGGGAAGCAAGCAAAGUGAUAUCGCAACAUCUAUACCCUCCUCCAUGCAGGAAGAUCGGGUAACAUGUAGGCAAUCAUACAAUUUGACGGAUGAUCAGGAGUUCCCUCCUUUGUAGCUCUGAUCUGAUCACAAAAAACUUGCUCGUUAGACCGGUAUAGGAACUGGUAUAGCUUUCUAACUUGUUUGUUUUGUUUCCUUAAGUUAUUCGUAU